GUUUAUUUCAUGUUAGUUUACUUUUUUUUUGUUUUUACUUUCGCACUUAAGCAAGUACCGGUAUAGAAACAUUCUUUUAUGCGUUUUCGAAAUGUGUAAAGCUGUAGGUUAAGGAAUGUCUUUUUUUGUCGGUAUGCUUAACAUUCCCGUGCCAUAUUUAUAUGUGCGCUGUUUUCAGUCUGAUUUUUUAAUUUAUGUGAUGCAUUAACAGGAUAUUCGCGAUUUAAUAAAAUUGCGAAAGCAUCUAACAAGUUUUCUACUUACUGUAGCUAUAUAUGGUCGUUGACUGUAGAACACGAAUGCUAAUGUAUGGGUUAUUUAUUAUCUUUAGUUAAAAAUCACACAAAUAUAGGCUUAAUUAUAGGUUCCUAAAUAUUUUGGUUUUAAUAGCAUUUGAUUAAACCAAUUUAUUUUAUUCAGUUAUCACCUUCGGGCUUUUAUAAUAUACUUAAGUAAAUAUAUUUCAUAACCUAUAAUAUGUAGUUAAGGGUAAUUAAUGUUUAUUUACUGUGCACAACACAUAAAUUAAUUAUGUUGUGUUUAUUUUAAUAUAAAUAUUGAAGUGUUUCAUUUUAAAUAAUUUACAAUUCUGCUGGUUAAGUAAUUAUUUUUAUUAUUUUCUGCACUAUGUAGUAGUACUUAUUGUAUGUUGUAGGCGUACGUAUUACUAUUAAUGGAAAUUUAAUAAAGCCUUCUAUUAUAUCUGGCUUGUCAUAAAUGUAAUUUAUUGUAAGUGAAUGCACUAGGCCUACACAUAUAAUUAGACAGCGGUUUCAUUAAUUGCCAUUUCGUUUUAACAAAGUUAUUUCUGCAAUCUGGCCUUCAUGUUAUUGGUGGGCUGGGAUUACAGCGCAAAAUAAUUGAAAUAAAUUUUAUCCUUUCCCGCAGAGAAGGUACAAGUCUUCGAGUUGUGUUGUACUAAGCAUAAGCAUCAUUGGUAUUUCUAUUUAAAUUAGUUUUUCUUAUGCUAAAUUAUAGUACAGUACACUCCCUAUUUAACGCGGUUGUCGGGGGACAUAACUUUUACCCGCGUUGUUGCAUAACCGCGAUGUUUCGAUGUGACCAAGGUCAAAAGUCAUAAAACACCGCCUGUGUUCUAAUAGGUCGGCAAGCACGCACAGUAUAGACGGCCCGCCUUUGUGAGGACUUUGCAUCCGCAGUUUUCACUAAACGCGGGUGAAAAAAUAAAAAUAAUAAAUUUUAAAGAUAAAUAUUAAAUGUUGAUUUUUUUUUUCCGCAUGCCGCGCACAGUUUGUCGCACGGCCUACGAGCGCGCCACACGCCGCCAUACACACGUGCGGCACACAAGCUGCUGCCAGUCUCGUGGUGUCAGCCACAGUAUCUGCUUCGUCUGAGUGUCCGUAACAAAGUAAGGGCAGUGUGUGCGGUUACACACGAUUCUGUGGUCAAAGUCUUCUAAAUAGAAAGGCCAUAGUAAUACUUCAAACCGAAUAUGAAUCGCAAAGUACCGAGUUUGAUUGACAAAAUAAAAAUUCUAGAUUUUACAGAUAGCGUGUCUUUUGCAGAAGUAUGCAGCAGAUACGUGAAAAACGAUUCUAGCAUUCGUACAAUAUAAAAUAAAGAAUCGUCUAUCGUGUAAAGUGGCUAAUCUUUGUUAUCCAUGCUUACAUUAAAUUAUAAAUGGUCACAUGUGGGAUACAAAAAUUGCGCCAAAAUAAUUUUAGCGCAAUAAGUGGCGCCGUAUUAAAAAGUCUGUUAAACGUUGUCUUUACUUAUUCCAUCAAACGCUGUGUCGAGUUGCUGAGUGUGUGUGGCUCGGAUCGGCAAGUGUUAUAUUCCCUAGCCUCUGGUUAAAGGUCGGGAGGCCGCUACACAUAAACAUAUCCGGGGCUUGUUUACUACCUCACGGCAAAAGUGGUACAGUAUGGUUCACGUAAGUAUUGGACCACUGGGAAUUCCUCGGCAAAGAUUAAAAAUACGCUAGCUGAUUUACUUUACUAUUUAAUGUUAAAACAUCAUACCAAAGUAAAAAGAUGAACGUGUAUAAUACAACGAAUAAUAUUACGUAUGUAGGUUCAAGUUAUAACAAACAGGGUGGCCACACACCGGGAAAUCUUGGAAAACCGGGAAAUUACAGGGAAUAUCAUUUUGCAAUGGAAAACCGGGAAAAAUACAGGGAAUUAGUGAUUUGGCCCUGGAAUUUUUUUUGCUGGUAGUAAUUAUUUCGUCAACUGUGAAUAUGUACAUUAUAGAACCAUUUAAGGGCAACGUGCAAAUCUCAGCGUUUUUAUUAGUGCUAAUUAAAUUUUAUAAAACACGCUAUUUAAUGUAUACUAUCUUAUUAAAAUGCAGAAUAUUCCACGCCGUACCGCGCAUCGGCUACAUGGAAUUUGGUACGGUACCAACAUUCCAUUAAUAUAGUAUUUGUACCAUAUUGCUGAUAAUAGCACCAUACAACGUGCGUAAGUAAGCAGACAAUAAAAUUAACGUACUGUAUUUCUGGCCAGUGUACCAUAUUCUGGUCUACUGAAUGUCGUAUUUUUCGUGUAUUUGCCGAAAUAGCGGAACAUUGCCGUGCCAUUUGUUUUUGUGGCAAGGGCAUGAAUAUCAUGACCGGAUUGUGCAUGGUUUAUUUGCUUAGUGGUUGUUGUUUGUUUUGCGUAAUAAACCAUUGAACAGCAAUUUUUCACAAAUUCCGAAGUGUAUUUUGUGGUGAAUUGAAACUAUAACCAUUUUGACGGUAAUUUGUAGUCCAUCGUAUGUGAAAAUACGGGUGCAUAACCUGGAUUAAAUGGCGGGAGCGCGGGCCGUGAAUGUAUUAUAGGCCUAGUUAUGUUGUGGUUGAUGCGUUUGUGUGAAAAUUUGAAUUUUUUGUGGAAACAUUGAUAAGAGCCAAGAUGUCACACUCAAAAUAUACUAAAUCUGCAUUUAAAGAAACAUGGCUGCAGAAUGAAGAUUUUUCAGAAUGGUUGAGGCCAGUUGUGCACAAUCAGUAUGCAGCAAGGUGUAGUUUUUGCCAGAAUGUGUUCAGCUUGAGUAACAUGGGCAAGAGAGCAGUUACUAGCCACAUGACUAGUAAAAAACACAUUAAAUUUGUUAAUGCUAAGAAGAGAUUGCUGCUGAUGGGAGUGUUUCUUAAACCAAAAGACUUACCUGGGACAGAUUCUGAAAUGAUUAAUGUUAAUUCAGAAAAAGUAGUUGCUGGCACUUCUUCACAAGAUUCAAAACCUGAUAUUCAUUCUCAAGAAACUACAUCCAAAAACAUAAGCCAUUUUUUAUUGAAUGAUUCUGUUGUACAUGCAGAAAUUAUUUGGUGUCUCAAUAUGAUAUUAUCUCACAACUCAAUGCGAAAUGCUGCUAGCAGUGUUAAUCUUUUCCCUAUAAUGUUUCCAGACUCUCAAAUUGCUUGCAAAAUGCAGCUACAAAGAACAAAAUUGGCAUACUCAAUAGUGCAUGGUCUUGCCCCACAUUUUCAUAAAGAGUUGAUUCGGAAGUUGAAGGAAUGUAAAUACUGUGUUGUCGGUUUUGAUGAGAGUCUUAAUAAAGUUGCUCAAAAAGGUCAAAUGGACAUAACGGUUAGGUUUUGGAGUGAAAACAAUUUGCGCACCCAUUAUUUUGGAUCUGCUUUUUUAGAACAUUCUUCAGCAAGUGAUCUUGUCAAGGCUUUUGUGGAAGCACUUUCAGAAGUCGACAUGAAAAAAAUACUACAGAUAUCCAUGGAUGGACCUCAUGUAAAUUUUAAGUUCCUCCGGGAUUUGAAAGAAGAAAUAGUUACAAGUGAAAAUGAUCCAUCAUUCCUUGACAUAGGUAGUUGUGGCUUACACACAUUGCAUUGUGCCUUCAAAGCUGCCAUAAAAGCCACAGACUGGAAAAUUGUUGAGUUCCUUCGUGCUCUGUAUAAUUUAUUUAAGAAUGUUCCAGCAAGAAGAGCAGAUUAUGUUCAAUUUUCAGGGUCUUCAAAUUUUUCAAAAAAGUUUUGUGCCAUACGAUGGCUGGAAAAUUCUGGUGUUGCAGAACGUGCUGUUUUAAUGGUUCCUCAUUUGAAAGUGUUUGUGGAGAAGGCUACAGCAAUGAAACGUGUUCCAUCUUGCCAGAGUUUUUGUGUUGUUUCAAAAACUAUUGGGGACAAAUUUCUGAUUCCAGAGUUAGUUUUCUUUCAAGCUAUAGCUUUGGAAAUGGAGCCAUUUUUGCAGAAAUUCCAGUCUGAUGCUCCACUUGCUCCCCUCCUUUACGAGUCUUUAAGUAACUUGUUGGAAAAGUUCAUGUUGAGGUUUGUGGUAAAGCAUGUUUUAGAGAAAUCUAAAUCCAUCAAAGAUGUUCCACUCAAUGAUAAAGAAAGUUUAGUUAAUCCAAAGUAUGUAGAUGUUGGGUAUGCUACAAGAAGUGCUUUGCAGAAGGUAAAAGGUUCAACAGAGAAAGAAUUACUGCUUUUUAAGGAUGACUGCAUGAAAUGUUUUCAGGUUCUUUGUCAGAAGAUAAUGAUUAGGUCACCCUUGAAAUAUUCUUUGGCAAAGGGAAUUUCAUGUCUGGAUCCGUCUGUUGCUGUUAUUCCUAAAGUCUGUGAUGCUCGUCUUUCCACAACAUUAAAACUGCUUGUUGAAAGUAAAUGGUUGUCAGGAACAGUUGCUGAUAAUGUUGACAGGCAAUUCAAGAGUGUGUGUAAAUCAUCAGAAUUUUGUGAGAAAAUGAAAACUUUUUCAUCUGAAAGCACUUCUCUUGCUGAGUUGUGGCUAAGCCAUAUUCCAGAGAAUGGAGACUAUCAGGCAUUAGUCAACUUUUUGAAGAUGGUUUUCUGUUUGUCUCAUGGGAACUCUAGUGUUGAGAGAGGAUUCUCUAUUAACAAAGAAUGCUUAGUGGAAAACCUACAUGAAUCUUCAAUAGUGUCACAGAGACAAGUUUAUGAUGCAGUUUCAGCGCUAGGAGGCAUUCAAAAUAUGACCUUAACAAAAGAUCUGGUAAAGUCAUAUCGCUGUGCUCGUUUGCGAUACUCAGACGCCCUCAAAGAUGCAAAAGAAAAAAAAGAAGCUCUACAUCAUGCAGAAGUAGAGAAGAGAAGGUCAGUUUCCCUUGUUAGAGAGUUAGAAGAGAAGCGGAGAAAAUUGAUGGAAGAUGCCAUGAAACAGUCUGCUCUUAUUGAAGAGGAGAUAAAAGCAAUUUCAAAAUAAGACACUAGUUUGUGCGCCGAACUCCGCCUUUUAUUAGUCAUCAUUUAUUCAGUGUUCCAUCUCAUUCAACAUUUCUUAUUUAAUUUCAAUGUUUAAAAAAAAUAUGUUUUAUGCCUCAUGUUUUUAGUUUUGCUUUAAAAGUUUGUUUGUCAGGAUGUCUUUUUUUAAAGUAGGACACUUAUUUUAGAGUGUAUGUUUAAUCAAUUUCCCAUGAAAGUUUUGUGGACAUGUUUUUCAACAAGCAUUAUUUAACUUACUUAAGAUAGGCUGUAAACAAGUAACUCAUUCUUUUCCAUCCAUAAACUUUGUUUUUAAUUACUAGAAUAUUGUGGUUGCAGAUCUGAUAAUAGGUAAGAAAAUAUUUGAUAAAAAUUUAGUUUAUUA